AUGGUCAUUCUGAUUGUUCUGCUUAUGGUUUGUUGUGCUGUUGCAAAUAUUAUUUCUAUUGAUUUGGGUACGAAAUACAUCAAGGUUGCAUGUCGAGAAAAACAGGCGAAUACCAUCAUAAAGGAUAUAUCAGGAAACGAAAAAAUUGACAACAUGAUUUAUUUCAGCAAGGAAACGAAGAUCUUUGGAUACUAUGCCAAGGAACAAAUUAUAUAUAGUCCGAACUUAAUCUUUGUCGGAAUAAGCCAAUUGCUUGGACUAGGCAAGAAUUUGAGGAUCCUCCAAAAGUAUGAGGAAAAUGGGUUUAUUUAUGAUUUCGAGGAGACAGAGCGUGAGACUUUGAAACUAAAGAUAUCGCCUGAUGCAGGAUAUGUCGAAGAGCUGGGUGCUAUGAUGCUUCGCUAUGUUUAUUCAUUGGCAGUGAAGCAGAUUAAGAAAAUUAACAAUAAAAUCGUUGUUUCAGUUCCUUCCAGUUUCACUUUUACGCAGCGCCAAGCCUUGCUCGAGUCUGCUAAACUUGCAAAUAUCCAUAUCGACUCGAUUAUCGAUCAAACGACUGCAGCUGCAAUCACCUAUCUGAUGGAUAAGCAGGAGAAAAAGCAAAAAUGUGUCGUACUGAUCGAUGUUGGAAGUGAUCAUACCCAGUUUAGUGUAUUUGAAAUCAGUAAAUCUUCUCCUAUGUCAUCCACCCUAAAUACGCUUACAAUCCUUGGGAAAGCAGUUUUGCCUAAAGGAGGAUCGAACUUUGUGAUGGGCGUGGCUUCUUUGAUCGUGAACUAUAUCACUCAGCUUGGUUAUUCGGAGUUUCUCGAUAAUCCAGAGAUUGUGGCGGAAGUUCGAGAGAAGAGCGAAGAAUAUAUGGAAAUUUUAUCGACCAAGACAGAAGUGACGGUCGAGAAAAUGUUGUUUAUGAAUGAUACGGUUGAAAGCCAGAAGAUCACACGAGAGGAAUUCGAUCUACAGAUGGAUAAUCUAUUGGAAGAGAUGUUUGGGACCUAUAGAAAGUUGUUGAAUGAUUUAGAUCUCAAUGAUAAUGAGAUCUCUGAGAUUCAGUUCAUUGGUGGUGCUUCUCGCAUCCCUUCCAUUAAGGAAUAUUUCGAACAUAGAAUACAUCGCGUUCCCAUUCUUUUCGACUUGGAUAGCGAUAGGAGCGUUGUUAACGGAGGAGUGAACUUUUUACUCACGAAAUACAAUAAGAAUAAGAAGUUGAAACAUCUGAAUGAUUACAUCAAUUACUCACUCCACGCUUCAUUCGCUCGCAAUUCGAAUCCAUCCAUGUCCUAUUUCGAUCCUUCAAAAGACUUCCUCGCUCGAAAUAACAAUUUUAUUCGCUUGAUACCGCUGUUAUCAGACUCCAAAAUCUACAAUCAAACGAAAACGUUUGAAUUCCCAGUUCGUUCUGACUUUUCAUUCACUCUGAAAUACCGAAUAAAUGAAAAUAUGGUUACCGAUCAAAGAUUAUUUUGUAUCAGCAAGUUUUACGUGAAAGGAAUCGAUUCCCUUCUGAGAAAGACGUUUAAUUUGCUCCAAUCGGAUGUGCGACUGACGUUUUCGUUGGAUCCGUUCGGCGUUUCGUGGAUCCAGAAAGCCGAGCUGGUGCUGAAUUACACCCCGUUGAAAAAUAAGGCAAAGGAGAAACUGGACAACGCGAAGUCGACAAUGAAUGGCAUUUAUUAUCAGUGGUUUGGGCAGAAGAAAUACACAGGCUUUUCGUCUUCGUCGACUGGAUCGAAGCAAUCAAUGAAUGAUUACUCAGUCACGGAAGUCUAUCCACUGGAAGUUUUGUGGGUGGAUGAUGGGUGCGCGCAAUAUCCACUUCGCGAGGACGACAUCAAAGAGAUGACGCGUUUUUUGCACGAGAAGGAAGAGGAAGAGGAGAAGGAAGAGGAUUGGGAGCGGUCUAUGGAAGAUUUGGAGAGAAUGUUGAAAGCUUUAGAGGGUCAAAUGUGGAGUCAAAUGAUGGAAAUGCCAGAGAAAAAGAAGAAGAAGAUGGAGUAUUUGCAGAGACUAAUCGACAGGAUUCGAAGCAUGAUCUCGCAAAUGAAUGCUCUGAAUUACCGAAUCAUGUCUUUUAUGGUCAAUAAGAUGUUUGAACUCAUCCAAUCGAUCAUAACUUCCAUGGCCAAGAUGGAGGGAUUUGUGUAA